CAAUAAAAUAAGGGCGCAGAAAUCAAGAUGGCCGCAAGUAGUCGAGCUCGUGUUCGACUUUCGGAAGCUUCACAAGCCUUUCUAAAUGACGAUGCAGACGCCCGAGCUUCUGGAGAAUAUUCUGCUGAAGAUUCUACAUCAGAAAAGGUAAUUGAUUUGCUUAAUCAAGCUCAGCUGGAGAAGGAAAACAAACUGAAUUGUCUGAAACAGGUUCAAGAGUUCAUUGUGAACAAAGACCCAACCCUUCUUGAUAAUUUUUUGGAUGAAAUCCUGGUUUUCCAGCAAGAUCGAUCAGCAGAUGUACGUAAAUUUGUGGUUGGAUUCAUUGAGGAGGCAUGCAAAAAAGACAUUGAGCUGUUAAGCAAAGUGCUCAACAAUCUGGGUUUUAUGUUGAAUGAUGAUAAUGUUGCUGUUCAGAAGCGAGUCAUGCUGUGUUUUACACAGCUGUACAAGUAUGCUUUACAGUACAUCUGCAAGCAAAAAGCAAUAUCUGAAGAGCUCGAACGCAUGUGGGAGCUUCUCAUCCAGAUAAAGGAACAGAUUAUUGAUAUGCUGGAAUCUGACAAUGAUGGAAUAAGAACUCAUGCUAUAAAGUUUAUGGAGAUGCUUGUUCUUGUCCAGUCACUUAAAACUCAGGAUUCUGAGUCACUGAAGAAAGGUGAGGCUGACAUCUCAUUGGAGAUAGUUCCCAGGAAUCAUCCUCUAAUCAAGAUGACAGAACUAAGGGAGGAAGGAGGAUCAACACUGGAGUCUCUACUCACCCUCAUUGCAUCUCACACCAUCUCCAGUGUUAACCUCAUGGCUUCCCUUGGAUCCCUGUCAGCAAUUGCUCGUCAAAGGCCUGCGUUCAUGUCCAUUGUCGUUCAGGCAUUUGAGUCUCUCCAUGCUAAUCUUCCAACCUCUCUGAGUAAAUCGCAAGUCAGCAGUGUUAGGAAAAAUCUGAAGCUUCAUCUGAUGAGUUUGAUGAAACAUCCAUCUUCAAUUGAGUUCCUUCCCCAGAUUACCACACUUUUAACAGAUCUUGGGGCUUCUCAGGCUGAGCUUCAAAGGAAUAUGCCAAAAGCCAGUGCCGAGAAAAGAAGGUCUGAACCAGAAGCGGCGACUUCAAAGAAGCCGAAGCUUGAUACUGAAGAGAUAGAGACGAUGUCUGCAUCAGAUGCGGUAGACAUGACAGCACAGGAUAUUAUCCCCAGACUCAACAAAGACACUGUAACAGACCUUGUACUGGUCAGCAUGUUGGCUCUUCCUGACAGCAUUCCUUCCCACUUCCACGACACCUACACCCCCAUCGCCGCCGCAGGUGGACAGGCGCAGGUUGUUCAUCUUGCUCGACUGUUAGCCACCCAGAUGAAUGCUGCCAAGAUUGGAAAAGGCUAUGAGAGAAUGGAAGCUUUGCGAAAGGCUCAGAAUGACCCACGAAUGAAGGAGGAGAGUAUGUCGAUCCCCGUGAUUGGUGGACCAGGCUUUAACGGGCCUGGCGCUGAGGACGAUCCUGUGUUUAUGUUUGGUGUACCUAAACCCGAGGAGGAUUCAGCAUUGCAAAGGAUGUUAGGUGGACACCUUGAGGCAACUAAAGAAAAGAGACCGAUGGAUAUAAAAAAGACGCCAUUUGUACCUAAAGAACCUGCUGUCCCUCAGCUGCGCAUGAGGAAGAUCAAGCCAUUCAAGUUAUCUGAUGUGACAAGGGAAUUGAAUCCGGACGAACGACAAAGUAUGAUGACGAACGCUGUCAGUAGAAUACUUGCCUCCGAAGGUAGUGCUGCAAGGAGCGGAGUUACACAGGAACGCAUCAAUCUCAUUGUCGGACUUGUUACACAAUUGGGAGGGGAUCUUAAAAUGGUUCUCCAAGAAUUUAUUCAGGAGGAGAUCCGAUCCCGAUAUGAUCUGUUGAUGUCCUGGCUAUAUCAAGAAUACGCAUCAUCAGAAAUUGAAGGAAUAGAUGAGGAUUCUGACCUGCGCCAAUCGUACAGUGAUUGUCUUCUAAAUCUUAUGGACGGACUUUACGCUAAACUGGAUCCUAAGGAUAAAUUGUUUACUCGUAUUCUUCUUGACAUCCCGGCAUUAACGGACGGAGCAGUAAUGGCAGUGAGAAUGUAUUGUGAAGACUUGAACCUUAACUUACUUGUUUCUACUUUUCUUGUCCAUCCAAGGUUGGCCAAAGUAUACACAGCUUCCUCGCAAAUCAUAAAAAGAAUCAUUCUCAGACACCUUGAACAUCCUGUUCGCGCAAUUGGCAUGGCUUCUCCUGAGCUCUUGCAGUUGGUGGAGAACUGUCCUACAGGCGCUGAAACUCUUAUUGCCAGAAUCUUGAACAUUAUUACCGACAAAGCGGUGCCCACGGAUGAACUGGUGAAGCGAGUCAAAGAGCUUUACCACAAGCGUGUGUCUGAUGUGCGAUUCCUGAUUCCUGUACUUACUGGACUGAAAAAACAAGAGAUUAUCGCUGUGCUGCCCAAACUGAUCAAACAGUCGCCCAGCGUGGUCAAAGAAGUGUUUAACAGGCUGCUAGGAUGCUUCCAUAGUGAUUCUAAAGUAUCCGCCACCAGCCCCCUCAGUCCGUCCGAGCUCCUGGUUGCUCUUCAUCAGAUCGAGGCUAAAAGUGACAUGAAGUCUGUUAUGAAAGCCAGCAGCUUGUGUUUCGCGGAGAAGACCAUUUACACUCAAGAGGUGCUAGCAGUGGUUCUGCAUCAGUUGAUGGAAAUGAAUCCUCUCCCUACCCUAUUUAUGAGAACGGUGAUCCAGUCUCUCAGUAUUUGUCCUCGGUUGGUCGGUUUUGUCAUGAAUAUUCUCGCAAAACUUAUCACAAAACAGGUAUGGAAACAGCCAAAAGUGUGGCAGGGAUUUGUGAAGUGUUGUCAGAUGACCAAGCCUCAGUCCUUCUCGGUCCUUCUUCAACUCCCUUCCCGACAGUUAGAGAGUGUAUUUGAGAUUUGCCCAGAGCUCAAAGAAAAUCUGGUUUUGCAUGUUCAGUCGUUCACUCCUCACCAGCGAGCUCACAUACCAAGAUCCCUGUUGCAAAUCUUAGAAAAGGACGGAAAGAAAGACGAAAAGAAACCGAAACCAGAAAAACCAGAUAAGGAACAAAUCGACCCUGAGGAGGAGGAGGAGGAAGAGGAAGAAGAAGACUCGACGAAGGGCGACAAAUCUCCGAAGUGGACACGAUCACACACGAGGGAGGCGCUGAAAGAUAAACGGAAAUCACGAAGAUCGCGCUCUCGCUCCAGGUCACCGCGGAAGAAACGGGAGAAAAGUGCUGGCGAAGAAAGUGCAAGCGAAGGGGAAAUCAACUAAAUGAAUGAGGAUGGAUACUUCACUUUUUAUAACAGGAUGUGUGUAGAAUGGUGGUAGAGUUACACCAUCUGAUAAAUUUUUAAGACUCAACUUCGUUCCCAGACCAUCUCUUCUCCCCACUCGCUGGAGCAAGACACCCGAGGAACAGAGCUGGAAAAGAGCCUGCAGUUUAAUAAGGACAUUAUUGUCAUGGUUGAUUACUCAUGUGGUCUUACGGGGGAAAACACUGAAAGAGACGAAUUCUCGGAGCAAGUCACAGUUUCUUCUUGUAUCUUAGAAAAUAUUUCCUAAACUGUUGAAAUUUGUUAAUUCCAAAUGGUGUCACUCUUUCCUAAUCUUCCUUGUCCCCCCUGAUGUACCAUUGCCCUGUUUGUAUUGUUCUUUCUACGUUUAGUUCUUUCUUUCGUCUUUGUACAUAAGACUUCGUCCAGUGAAAGAAACUGUGGAAUAAAAAAGAAAACGUGAA